GGUGGUCCCAUGGGGAAUGGGCGGGGCCUAUAGUUGGGCAGGGUACCGGUAGAGGGCGGGGCCUUAGCAGGGCGGUGACCCCCGCGGUGGGCGCGGCCCCGUGGUCAGUGGGCGGGGUCUCAGGCCCGGUCCCAGUGGGUGCGGGGGGAAGGGGCAGGCCUCGAACAGAGAAUCUCUCGUGUCCGUCAUGCCGGCUACUGGGUGAGGUGCCGACGCUGCAGGAUGUACAGUAGUGGGGAGCUGGUCGCUGAUUUCCUUCGUUAUAAACUGUCCCAGAGGGGCCACAACUGGAGAUGGCUUUGUGAGCAGAAUGGAGCGGCGGGCCUGGGGACACAGCCCGAGCCCGGAGCGGCUGUGUGCAAUGGCAGGCCCGAGGCUGAGCGGGCCCGCCAGGCCCUGUUGGAUGCCGCUGAGGAGUUCGAGCUGCGCUACCGCCGGGCUUUCAGCGAUCUGUCGGCGCAGCUCCGCGUUACGCCGGACACGGCAUACCGGCGCUUCGAGCAGGUGGUGGGUGAGCUGUUCCGCGACGGCGUUAACUGGGGCCGGCUGGUGGCUUUCUUCUGUUUCGGGGCGGCCCUGAGUGUGGAAAGCGCCGAGAAGGAGAUGGGCGCACUGGUGCCCCGCAUCGCCGACUGGAUGAGUACCUACCUGGAGAACAACCUGGACCCUUGGAUCCGGCAGCACGGUGGCUGGGAUGCUUUUGUGCAACUGUAUGGAAAUAACGCUGCUGCUCGUAACCGUCAGUUGCAGGAGUCCUUUGUAAAAUGGUUUAUGGCACUGACAGCUGUGGGUGCUACAUUGGCCAUUGCUGCAUUCUUUGCCCGGAGAAGUUAACAGCAAUGAGACUGCAUUAAGAGGCAAGCAUUGAUCAACAGCCAUUAUAUUGGAAGAAUAUCUUAGCAGACUGGCAUGGCCAUGAAAGCUGCACAGAUAGAUCUCAGCUUACUCCUUGUGUUGGAACUCUCAGCUGUUUGUACAUUGCGUAUUGUGUAUGUGUACUCAGUUUACAAUUACAAAGCAUUCAUGCAGGUGCUGUGACAGAAACGGAGAUUAUCUGCAAGUAAAUGAACUACAACAGUAAGUAAAGCUAACUUUUUAAUUCAGGAAUAUUAUAACCUGGAGUGCAGGCGCUGACCAGCAGCUUAUACAGUGAAGAUCUCUAUUCAGUGACAUGGCUCUGUGCCAUAUCGGCAAAAACCCACAAACAUAACAGCCCCCUUCGCUGUGCUGUGGUGUUAAUGUAAGAUGUAUCCUGUCUGACAUGACUGAAUAGAACAGAAGAAAAGCCAAGUCGCUUGGAUUCCAGGGGAGGAAUGGGGUUACAGUAGCCUGCAAGGAAGCCGCUGCUUGUUCUGGGAAUGCCAAUGGCUUACUACAGCUCAAAAUCAAAGGAAAUGGUGGGCAACACCCUCAACAUAAAAACUACACCCUCCACUGGAAGCUGCUGGGAUAACCUAGGCAAUGGAGCUGAGGUUUCCUGAAACUGAAGGCUGACUGACAUUUUAUUUAUACCAAAUUUUAAAAAAUUUUUGUUACCUGCUGAAGUAGUGGCGUGAUGCUUGAGUGGGGCGGCCGCAUCCGAUGUUGGCGUCAGGCCAGUGCCAUCCAAAGCCUCUCUUUGGGCUCCCUGCAUUCUGGCACUGUCUUGAUGGUAAAAGGAGAAUUUUACCGGCUUUUUGAACUGAAGUUGAUGCUGCCACUGCUUCUCUGCAGGAGUGAAAAGCAAGACUUUGGCCAUUUUGACGAUGAUGUGAAGUGAUCAUUUGGGAAAGGUUUUGUGGCACAUAGGUGUCUAUGUUUCUUGAAUGCAUCAGAAUUAUUUUAAGGUUUUCCGCUGUCAUGCGUGGAUGUUGAAGGUGUGACUACUGGUCACUAUUAUUCACUGUAAUCAUUCCCUUUUAGUUUGCUGCUCACACCACAUUAGAAGCAAACUACUUUACACAAUGUCUUAAAAUUUAAAUUAAAAUGACUUGUUUUUAAAACACUA